CAAGAAAACAAAAUGGAGGCGUAUAAUAUUUUUGUUUGGCAUAGAAUAUAAGAAAUUCGUAUUCGUGUGUGCGAACAGCGCCGUAAACAAACCCCGUAAAAGCGGGCAAAACAAAAAGUGCGAGCGGUCUUAGACCAAAUAAAGAAAUCCGCCGGAGUGGAUCCACACGUUGCCGCAUCGUUGAAAGGGUCGCAGAAACCGGAGGUGUUCCAUAUUCGCCACUUUUUUGCCAAGGCGGGCAGCUUCCCCCUUCCCGGGAAUUGGCGCUAAUUGGAUUGGACUGGAAAGAGGAAGAGGCGGAAAGAGGAGAGCAGGAGAGGGCUAGGGCUAGGAGGCGGACGCAGAGAGGACGCCGCAAUGGCCACCACCCAGCAGUACUCGCUGCGGUGGAACAACUACCUGCGCCACCUCACCUACUCCCUGGACAACCACCGGCUGAACGAUGACUUCGUGGACGUCAGCCUGUGCGUGGAUGGACGCAGGAUCAAGGCCCACAAGGUGGUACUCUCCUCCUGCUCGUCCUACUUUAAGGAGAUAUUCAAGGAGAACCCACAUCCGCAUCCAGUCAUUAUAUUUAAGUUUAUCAAGUUCGAGGAUCUCAAUUCGAUUAUCGAGUUCAUGUACCAGGGCGAAGUCAAUGUGCAGCAGGAGGCGCUGCAAUCGUUCCUGCAAACUGCCGAGCUGCUGGCCGUCCAAGGACUCACCGCCGAGGAGAAGGAGAAGCCGCAGAUCCCGGUGGCGCCGCUGAUCAGCGAGCACAAGCUGAUCAAGACCAUACCGAGCACCAUACGCGCGGUCAACGAGCAGCAGCAGCAGGUGUCCAAUGUGGCCCAGGCGCAGACAGCUACGCAAACCAUCGAAAUACCCGCGGCCACUUUGCUGCAAGCCACCAACGCCAGCCAGGUGCCAUCGCAGGUGGUCGCAGCAGCCGCAGCAGCCGCAGCGGCACAACAGCUGCAGGUCCAGCAUCAACAGCAGCAGCAUCACCAUGUACAAACCACCCAGAUUCAGCACAUCCAAGUGCAAUCGGCACCGCCCCCGCAACAGCAGCAACAGCAACAGCAGCAGCAGCAGCAGCAGCAGCAGCAGCAACAACAGCAGCAGCAGCAGCAAUCACAGCAGCAACAAACGACGCCCGUGCAGACGCAACACCUGACCAUCACCAAUGCGGUGGCCCUGCCGGCGGCCAGUUCGGUUAAGAAGCGAAAGAUCACGUUCUCGGACGACGACGACAACAUGUACACCACCGAAACCGUUGACUACGCCGUCAAGGAUGAGCAGACCAUAGUGAAAACUGCCGAGAUGACUUUCCUGCGCGGCGCCGUCAAGAUGGACAUACCCGAUUACAUUGUUGGCGAAGUGGAUGACCGCCUGUCGGAUGGAGCAACGCCGCAAACGUCGCAGGAUGCCACCACCGCAGCGGCGCAGAAUGUGGCGCAGUACUCAUCCGAGUAUGAAAUACUCACCGAGUCCGAAAUGGAGGAGAAGUACCAGGCGGAUGCGGACAACGCCGAAAUUGCCAUUGAGAUGACCCGAUUGCUGGGCACCGCCAGCGGGACGCCGGGUGCGGGUUCCGGCCAAGUGAUGGAGGAUUCGGGUGGCGGCAGCGCGACGACUGGUCCCUCGACUACGGUGUCUGUGACGCAGGUCAAAUCGGACAGCAAGGCCAGCGGGACGAAUGAUUCGCCCAAUAAUAAGUGGACAGAAUGUCAGUUUUGCAAAAUGGUUAUAACCACGGUUAAUCUUUGGAGACAUAUUCGCACCCAACAUACCCCACAACCGCCGCGCAAAUGCGACAUGUGUAAUAAGAAUUUUAAGAACAAGUACAGUCUGCGGGAGCACAUACGCAUCUCGCACGAACAGAAAGUGGCCAUCAAGACGGAGAACUGAUGCGUCUUCAUAAGUCUCGGUCGCCUGCGAGCCGCAUCUGGAUCUGCAACUGCAUCUGGAUUGAGAUCGAUAGGAUAUACGGAUAGGGGAGAGAGAUAUAGUUAAUUACGUCCAGCUUAGCGAGCAGCCAGCAAAACCAAUCAACCCAACCAGCCCAUUCCCUCGUGUUUCGAUCAAAGGCCCCAAAACGAAAACUAGCCAAAUUUGUCAACUUAAAUGCAAAGCAGAUAGGAGUACGAAACGUUUAUCCCUAUAUAGUUCUAUAUAUAACACCUUGAUAGCCACUAAGUCGAGUCAGUCAGUCAGUUAGUCAGUCGGUGGAGAGUGGAGCUGGUGAUCCCGUCGUUGACCAAGCCAUGUCAUGUGUCCACGUAAUGCGUACAUGUACCACUUGUAUUUUAUAGUCUACCAUUUGCUUUAGGUACUUCUUCAUUAUACAGACGGCAAGUUACAAGCCCUCGAAAUCCAUUGACACACCACAGAAUGUAUAUAAACACACACACACACACACACAAACACACCCAAGAUGACAAGAAUUUUGGAAGAUUUGAGAGCACUUUGGAUGCUUAAUAGCUUAGAUCGAGUGAUACUAUGUGCAAGAGAACAGAACACAAGGAUUUAAUUUGAUUGUAGAAAACUAAUGUUAUACUUAGCCCAUAUCGAUCACUUUAUUUUAGCUCUUAAACAACCUCAUAUGUAUUUUUUGAAACUCUGAUAUUAUUCAGUUUUUGUAUAUAGAGCUAGGCAACUUAACCUAAAUUAAGGUAAACCCAAAAACAAAGUCCCCCCUCCAUGAGAUUCUCUGCCCAAUUUGAUUCCGCAGGAAGGAAGCUGUGUACUUUGCUCACAAGCAGAGAUCAGGAGAAUAUGAGAAAAUAUAUAUAUUACCCCUUGUGUACAAAUUUAAAUACGAUUUAAUCCAAUUACCCGGCGCGCUUUUGACCAUCUGUGUUCAGCAUUAGAGCGUUGGCAGUUGACUGUAAAUUAGCUAAAUUAGUUUUAGUUUAGUUUAAGACACCACAAAUUCGAUUGGACAUAGUUUAGUUAUUCGGUGUAACUUAAUUGAGUAUACCAGCCCACACGAGCCAAGUGAAAACGGAAGUCAUAGCGCGAUAAGUUGAAAGUAUUUUCAAAAAAAGAAAGCGAAG